UUUAUUUUUAUUUGUAAAUAACUUAUGAGCUUGCAUAUGUAGAGAGAGAAAUCGCAAGUUCUUUCCAAAAAAUCUCCAAAUGACCACUACGGACUUUUGCCGCCUCAAACUUCUCUUAUCCCCAAAUACCCUGCACCACCACCACCGGCAGAAGCAGCAGCGCCACUCCUCUUGUACCACUUCACUCUCUCUCUACCGAAACCAUUUCCCAACCAAUAUACCUAUUCCUUCUCACUCUACACACUAUUAUGUCAGCUCAAGGCAUCGUCCGAGCUUCCGUGUCUUUUGCCAGACCACCGACAUUCAACCCAAGGAACUCCAAUCCGACAUCGAAUUCAAUAUCAGUGUUGGCCAAGAUCGUCUUCUCAAGGUUCCUACGUCAAAAAUUAGAAAUUUCAGCAUUAUUGCGCAUAUUGAUCAUGGAAAAUCAACAUUGGCAGAUAAGUUGCUUCAAAUGACUGGUACAGUGCAGAAGCGAGAGAUGAAGGAACAGUUUCUUGAUAACAUGGACCUAGAGAGAGAAAGGGGCAUCACUAUCAAGCUGCAGGCAGCUCGAAUGCGCUUCAUGUACGAAAAGGAACCCUAUUGCCUAAAUCUUAUUGAUACACCAGGGCAUGUAGACUUCUCUUAUGAGGUUUCUCGUUCUCUUGCUGCGUGCGAGGGUGCUCUUCUUGUUGUAGAUGCUUCUCAGGGAGUGGAAGCUCAGACGCUGGCUAAUGUUUAUUUGGCCUUGGAAAACAACCUAGAAAUAAUCCCAGUUUUGAACAAAAUAGAUUUGCCAGGUGCUGAACCAAGUCGUGUUUCCCAGGAGAUUGAAGAGGUUGUAGGUUUGGAUUGUAGCAAUGCAAUCUACUGCUCAGCAAAGGAGGGGAUAGGUAUAACUGAAAUUUUGAAUGCUAUUGUUCAAAAGAUUCCCCCACCUCGUGACAGUGCUGAAAAACCUUUGAGGGCUCUAAUAUUUGAUAGUUACUAUGAUGCAUAUAGGGGUGUUAUUGUAUAUUUUCGAGUCAUUGAUGGGACUAUAAAGAAAGGUGACAGAAUCAUUUUUAUGGCCAGUAAGAAGGAUUAUUUUGCUGAUGAAAUUGGAGUUCUAUCUCCCAAUCAGUUGCAAGUUGAUGAACUAUAUGCUGGUGAGGUGGGUUACCUUUCAGCUUCCAUAAGAUCUGUAGCAGAUGCUAGGGUGGGUGACACUAUAACACACUACAGUAGAAGGGCAGACCAAUCAUUGCCUGGAUAUAAAGAAGCCACUCCAAUGGUGUUCUGUGGCCUGUUUCCUGUUGAUGCGGACCAGUUUCCCGAGUUACGUGAUGCAUUGGAGAAGCUGCAACUCAACGAUGCUGCAUUAAAGUUUGAACCUGAAACCUCAAGUGCCAUGGGUUUUGGUUUUAGAUGUGGCUUUUUGGGGCUUCUACAUAUGGAAAUUGUUCAGGAAAGGCUUGAGAGGGAAUACAAUUUGACGCUAAUAACUACUGCUCCAAGUGUUGUAUACCGAGUGAUCUGUGUAAAUGGUGAUACUGUUGAAUGUUCUAAUCCAUCUGUACUUCCUGAACCUGGAAAAAGGAGGUCAAUUGAAGAGCCAUUUGUCAAGAUUGAGAUGCUCACUCCAAAAGACUAUAUUGGCCCUCUCAUGGAGCUUGCCCAAGAACGACGAGGAGAGUUCAAAGAAAUGAAAUUUAUAACUGAGAUUAGAGCUUCACUCACCUAUGAGUUGCCUCUGGCAGAGAUGGUAGGGGAUUUUUUUGAUCAGCUUAAGUCCAGAAGUAAGGGUUAUGCUAGCAUGGAAUACUCUUUUAUCGGGUACAAGGAAAGUGAUUUGAUAAAACUUGACAUUUUGAUAAAUGGUGAUUGCGUGGAACCUUUGGCAACAAUUGUGCACAGAGAUAAGUCAUAUGCAGUGGGGAGGGCGUUGACUCAAAAGCUGAAAGAACUUAUACCACGACAAAUGUUUAAAGUUCCAAUCCAAGCAACCAUAGGUACCAAAGUGAUAGCAAGUGAAUCUUUGUCCGCAAUUAAGAAGGAUGUUCUAGCCAAAUGCUAUGGCUGAGGGAAAGAAGAGAAUGAAGGCAAUUGGCAAAGUCGAUGUGCCUCAAGAAGCAUUCAUGGCUGUAUUAAAACUGGAGAAGGAGGUGUUGUGAUCAAUUUUAGUUGACACAACUUGUGACACUAUUGUCUAUCGACAGGUACAUACAUUUAAAAGCUAAAUUUCUUGUGGGAAAAGAUUCAAGCAAGCAAGUGUUUAGUAGUUUGAAGCAGACAGCUUUGUCUAGCAAUUCAAAUGCAUGUAAAACCUUUGACAAGUUGCAAACAACUGAAUCCAACACCAAAGCAUAUAUAGAUAUCAUUUCAAAGCAUUGAGGCAAGUAAGUGCAUCGGCUUCUACCUUUGCAAUCUGUAUACUCGCACAUUUUUUCAUCGAAAGAAUUUUUUCUUGGGGUUU